CUUUGCUCUUCAGUCAAUCUUUUCCUCGCUCAUGCAAUCAUAGCUGUUGAGUUGAAUCGAAUCACGACCUUUCAGCGCCAUGGCGAGACACGACGAGAAACCAUUGAUAAACGGAGCGGAUCGAUAUGUCGACGACGAUAGCAGCAGCGAGCAAGGCUCCGACCACAUUCCAACAAUACGCCGCAAAGACAGCACUCUCAGAAAGGCACUGUGGUGGGGAUUCAUUGUCCUGCCCUGGAUGAUGCUUUGCGUUCUCGGAGUCUCCUACGGAUACUCAGUGCGGUAUUACAGAGAUCGAUAUUACGUCCGUCCGGAUUUAACAUACAGUCCUAUGCAAGAUGUUGUGAAAUACGAGACGAAAAUUUUCACCACUGGAAAACCUGACGACCCCGACGUCUCUUUGUACGCUCAGGAACCGUCAGAUGAGGUCGAUGAACUCUGGAAGGGCCUGUAUCCCAGCAUUUUUCAACUCAUUCCCCAACAGCAGGCGGCAAAGCUGGUCAACAAGACCAGUCUAUUCCCCCAUGAUCCGCAGCGGAGAUACAUCAUCGAGAUCGAUGUUUUCCAUCAGCUUCAUUGCCUGAACAUGGUUCGUAAAGCAACAAGACCCGAUUACUACGGAGUGCACGGCGACGAAGAUACUCUUCUCGGUCCCAGCCACAUUGCUCACUGCAUCGACGCCAUCCGGCAAUCGCUCAUGUGUGCUUCUGAUAUUACUCCCUACACAUGGCAGUGGGAUGAGAAGCUGCAACUCCACGCGAACCAGGUCAAGAAUCCCCACGUGUGUCGGAAUUUCGACGACCUGCGAGAUUGGGCGGUUGCCAACACGGAGCAAAUCUAUCCGGACUUCUUCUUCCGAGAGAUGAAUGAUCCCUUGGACCCUUCGACGUGGGUGGAUGGGUAUGCCGGAGAGUGAGGGGCGAUCAGUGCGUGAUCCGGGAUAAGUUGCCCGGGUAGAACGAUUGGAGGCUUGAAUCAUACAUUAGUUCGAAUCGUUACCUGUAGCUUACCACCGAAGCUGACGUGUGUCAACUGGCGUGACUGGUAGACACCCGCGGCGUGCCACCUCGUGUGCUAGCCCGUCAACCCUAGCGAAGUGGGUCAACGGCGUAUCAAAAGUGGAGGACUGGCGGGAUGAGCUGGCCCCGUGGGGUGAAGCCCUGAAAUGUGAAGAGGGUUGUGAAGAGCACUCGGCUGAAAGUUAGACAUCAAGCUCACUCGUUAAAGCCACGAUGUAACGACGUGCUGCACGAUAC